AUGCGUGAACUUAAUGAGUCUUUGCAGUUUCAUAGCGCAAAAUUAGACGAGGUAGUGGGGUGUAUUGAUGCGUUUAAACAAACCAUUAGAAACCUCGAGAAGAAAAAUGUGGAAUUAACGAAUAAAAAUAAUAACCUUGAAACACGUGUUGGAGCCCUCGAGCAACAACUACAGGAAUUGGAGCAAGAAAAGCUUAUUGAUUGUGUAGAAAUAGCAAAUGUCCCCUAUCAGAGUAUGGAUGCGGAUAUCAAAUUAGUAGAAAAGGUGGCAUUAAAGCUACAACAGUCAAUAGAAGGAAUAAAAAGCUUACUUAGACUACAAGUGAGGAAAGAUCAACCUCCUAAUAUUAAAGUGGAGCUACAGGACGAAAAUACUCAAGUAAAAUGGAUAAUGGCUGCUAAAAACAUUAAAACUACGGUAGCGGAUAUUUGCCCCUCAGAGAAAAAUAAUAAGGAUAUAGUUUAUAUCAAUGAAGCAAUGACGAAAACUAACAAAAAAAUAUUGUGGAUGGCAAAGCAAGAGUUGAAAACCAAUCAGAGAUUCAAGUACGUAUGGUUUAAAAAAGGUUUCGUUAAGGCACGCAAAGAUGACGACUCAAAAACAUAUACGAUAAAAACGAUGGCAGAUUUAAAUGGCCUUAUCAACAUUAAAAAUAAAGGACCCAAUUCUUAA